GGGUUUUCAGGCUCCUGACACAAGCGACACGUCAGAGAGGGAUGCAGCUGAAGAAGGAAAUGAAAAUGGGUUUCAAGUACUCGAUAAGGCGAUCACGGCCUGCUGAGAUCUACAGAUACUCACUUUUUGGCAACUCUUUGCGCUUCGACUACACGGGGUUCAAGCCUUACCGGCUAAAUGAGGCGUUGAGGCCGGGGCCAAACUAUUCGGUGGGCGAACCCAUAUCACUCAAAACGGGCGUGAAGAACUACCACCGGAAGAUUUUCGGGAAGGAGGAGUCCCGGGUGAGGAACCUGCUAUUGACGAUUGUUGCGUACGAGUCGGCGAGCGGGAUCAGGCCGGAUGCCGCAGUGCCGGGCGGCGAGGUCGAAAUAUACUGCCACAACGGGCUCCACAGCGACUUGGUGCUGGGCACCUCCGACGUCUACCACGUGAUCCUCCACAAGAACAAGCUGAUUUUCGCCAACACGGACGACCGCUCCGGCAACGACCCGCUCUUUGCGUACAUCGGGAUCAAGUUCGAGACGAUUCUGUGCAACGAGCCGAGCCCCGUCGACGGGUCGCACAACAAGUUGCUUCUGCAGGGCCGGUACGGGCGCUGGGGGUUCAAGUCCGUCGUCGAGAUCGACUCGUACCGGGCGUCGGCGGCCAAGACCCUCGCGCAGAUGGGCCCCGCCGAGCGCUACCGCAACUACUGCGAGAUCAAGCUCUGCUUCUCCCCCUCGAGACGGCUCGGGGAGCUGUUGCUCAAGACCAAAAGCAAGCGCCGCUUUCUUCUGGUGCUGAAGGGCGCCGUGAGGAACUUUGCGCCCCGCGCGGAGAAGUGGCUUUUUCAGUCGUACUUCGGCCGCCAGGACAAGCUGGUGAUCGGCGUCCGCAACUCCAAGUUCGAGCUCAUCUGCAACGAGGAGAUCGACGUCGUGCACGACUUCCUUCCUUUUGUGAAGGACGUGUACCCGGACAUCCACGACAGGUUUCUGCACUCCAUCGACGUCUUGGACGAGGCCUACGCCCACAUCCUGCACCAGGUGAGGGCUUUGCAGCAGAGCGACACCGACGUUUUCGAGCUGCGCUGCGACACACGCGCCGUCCGCGUGCUUGCCGACGCCCCCGACCACCACAUCUUCCGCAAAAUCCUCGUGCCCGAGUACCUUGCGUGGGUGGACCGCGGCGAGGACACGCUUGCCCACAGCGACUGGGUCGCCCCGGAGGCGUAUGCGGCGCACAAGGACCCGCCCGGCCACGACCUCCAUGAGCAGCUGGCGUCCAAGCUCCACAUCGUAUAGCCACGCAACCGUAGCCCGCUAACCAAUGGGUGUUCUUCACCCUCUGCACCCUCCCACACGACGCUGGACACAUCGGUGUUCUGUACACGGCUAUCCUGGACUCGGGCGGGCCAGCGCAUCCGCCGGCCCCGCGGAGUUUACCCCCCAAUCCGGGGGUCGCCGCCGACGCCUCGCGCUGCUUACGUCAUUGCCCACAGGCCUCCUCCUGGCCCCCGCCCCCCCACGGGGAAAGAGGGGCAGCGGGGACCCGGCUGGCGAAUGGGCAAGCGUGCAGUUGCAACCGGCCGGCGGGCGUCGGCUAGGCCGGGCGUUUGUGCGGGCGGCCCGGCCGCUGCCCGUGCUCCGUCCGGACAACGACACGGUGCAGCGGCGCCGCUGGCCCCGUUAUGGUCAAAUUGCCUGUGCCGGCUGCGCUGGGUUAUAUCCGUGCUGGA